GAAGAAGAAUGGCUCAAAAACUUCAAAGCCAACACCAAGAAAAGCGAGCAGUUACGCGAAGCUAUCGAAACAAUCACGGACCGUUUUCAAGCUCGUCUUACUUCCCUUCAGGAGAAUGUAUUACCAAUGCAUGAAGUAAAUGGAAGGCUUCAAAUCAAACAGAAAAAUAUCCAACGAUUGAUUAAAACUAUCGACACUACCAUCCAAUUCUAUGGGCGCACGAAUGAGUUGGAAACUUCAAUAAGGUAUUUAUCUGAUCGCAUACCAAACUUCUAUGUUGAUCGUUUCUACUUUUUCGCGUUGCUUGAAGAUGGAAAUCCAAGUCAUGAUUUGGAAAGCUAUCUUGAAAACAUGGAAUGCCUUCAACAAGCCAUUCAGUUUUUCGAGUCUCAUCCGAAUUACCAGAAUCAAACGGAAAAUAUGAAACUUAAUCUUGAAACCGGAUAUACAGUACUGGAAUCUGAGUAUCGUUCAGUGGUUCAGAAGAACACCAUUCAAGCUGAUCCUGUCGUCGUUAUCGAAAGCUUGGAUGACCAAUAC